CCUGGAGUCGUGCGCCCGAGUCAGAACUGCGUCUCGCGAGCCAGGCGCCGGUUGCUGGAGGCGAGCGAGCGAGCGAUGCUGUCGCCGCGCCUUCCUGAUUGGCUGCGGGAGGCUACCUCUUCGUUCUGAUUGGCCGCUGCUGAGCUGGAUGAUGCUGAGCAAGGGCCUGAAGCGCAAGCGGGAGGAGGAGGAGGAGGAGAAGGAAAGCCUGGCAGUGGACGCCUGGUGGCUGGAUCCCGGCCACCCAGCAGUGGCACAGGCACCCCCGGCCGUGGCCUCCAGUUCCCUCUUUGACCUUUCGGUGCUCAAGCUCCACCACAGCCUGCGGCAGAGUGAGCCUGACCUGCGGCACCUGGUGCUGGUCGUGAACACGCUGCGGCGCAUCCAGGCGUCCAUGGCACCCGCAGCCGCCCUGCCCCCUGUGCCCAGCCCACCCGCAGCCCCCGGCGUGGCCGACAACCUGCUGGCCAGCUCAGACGCCGCCCUCUCAGCCUCCAUGGCCAGCCUUCUGGAGGACCUCAGCCAUAUCGAGGGCCUGAGCCAGGCCCCGCAGCCCCUGGCGGACGAGGGGCCACCGGGCCGCCCCACUGGGGGCGCCUCACCUGGCCUGGGUGCCUUGGACCUGCUGGGCCCAGCCACUGGCUGUCUGCUGGACGACGGGUUUGAGGGUCUGUUUGAGGACAUCGACACCUCCAUGUACGACAGUGAACUUUGGGCGCCAGCCUCUGAGGGCCUCAAACCCGGCCCUGAGGAUGGGCCUGGCAAGGAGGAGGCUCCGGAGCUGGACGAGGCUGAGCUGGACUACCUCAUGGACGUGCUGGUGGGCACACAGGCGCUGGAGCGGCCGCCGGGGCCGGGGCGCUGACCCCCAGGGCUGGAAUGGUUGUCCAGCGUCCAAAUUGAGCCUGGUGACUGGACCAACUCUCCUUGGAAAGUCCCAGCUGGCUUCCUUAGAACAGAGAGACGGGCUUUGGAGAGGCAGGACCCAGGGCAGAAUCCAGAGGCCUGGGCAAAGUCACCUCCGUCCUCUUGCCUCCGGCUGAUGGGGGAGUCUGGGAUCCGCCCUCAUGUUGGAAUGACAGGGCCCGGUGGCUGGACUGGGAUUGGACCGGGCCCCGUGCUGGACUGAAUCCUCAGAGGUCAUAGCCUGGAAUACUCUUUCCCUGAUGUGGGAAGAGACCCCCAACCAGUUUUUUGAAAUUAAAACCAAUCGUGGGAA